AUGAAGGAUAUUUACUCGUCAGAAAUUCUGUAUUUAAAAAUAUCUACACUAAAAUAUCUGAAGAAUAAUCAUUUGGUGGUUGUCUUUAUGUUAUUGAUAGAAGCAUUAAUAUCUAAAUUGAUAUAUUAGAUUCUAUUUAUGAUACAAUUAUUGGAACUGCUGAAGCCAAUAGCAUUAUAAGUUAACUUUAACUUCACUAAUGUGACCUUUUAAGAUGUCUUUUCAAAUGAUGGUAAUAUUGCCAAACUCAAUUUCAUAAGCUAUAAUCAAUUACUCUAUAUGUAGAAUUGCAGAAUUUUAUAAACAAUAGAAGGUUAUUCAAAAUUUAGGUCUUUGUUUAGUUCAUCUUAAAAAUAUGAAACAACCAUGUUUUCAGUAUAGUAAGGAUAUCUUAUUUUAAGAGAUAUAUUUGUUCAAUUAUAUUUAAAUAUAUUCUUAUAAUUGAAUUAUCAAAGCAAAGUUAGUUUGACAUCAAUCGAAAUAGACUAUUCUUAUUACUACCAGAAUUCUAUUAUGUAAAUUAGCUUUUCAGCAGAUUAACAAUGCAAAAUAGAAAUUACUAAUCUCAAAAUCAAAAACUUUAAAUUGUACAAAAAUGAUCCAAAACUAUAAAAAAUCUAAAUUAAGUAAGUAUUUGGUUAUUAGUAAAAGUUGUCACAAGACUGCAAAAAUUAAUAAUUAUUAAAAUUAAUAAAUUCGACUUAUGAAUUAAUAAAUUUAUCAGAUUAUAUAGCUGAACCCUAAAAUUAGAUUGAAAGUUUAGUUUAAAUAACAAAUGUAAAAAAUAAAGAUUCAAUAUCAAUUAAGUCAAGCUAAUUUUCAAAUAAUUAAUGCCAAUUUUGUCAAUCAGGGCUUAUUUUUAUUAAAUUAAUUGAGUUGUAAUCAGAAAAUGUUAUUUUGUCAAAUAUUUGGUUAAUGGAUAACUAAUGUGGUGAAAAUGGAUGUUUAUGCAUUGUAUAAGAGUUUCAAAGUUAAGAUCAAAAGAAAAUGUCUACGUUAACAUUAGACACUAUGUUUUGUUAUAGAAAUUAAGCAAAGAAAGGAGGAUGCAUAGUUAGCCAACAGGUUGGUCUUAAAAUAACAAACAGCAUUUUAAGUGAAAAUCUAGCAGUUGAAUAAGGAGGAAGUAUUUAUUAUGAUGGUGAACAAAUCUAUUAUUAUAGAAUAACCUUAUCGUGUCAAACACAGCAUAAGAAGGAGGUGCAAUAUAUCUAGGCAACCAAAGUUUGCCUGAAUUAAACAAAACUUUAAACUAUUUCAAUAAUAAUACUGCAUAUGGAUAUGGUAACAUUAGUUCAUCUCACUCAACUUAACUUACAGUAAUGUACAAAAAUUUAUAAUUUUCAACUUUAAAUUCUUUGA